GGGACCGCGGCUCGCCUGCUAUGCGCGGCAUCCCGCGCCCGCGUCCGCACCUGCAGCGCCCGGGCGAAUGCGGCGAGCCCACGGAGGGGCAUGCUUCCACGCACCAAAUACAACCGCUUCAGGAAUGACUCGGUGACAUCGGUCGAUGACCUUCUGCACAACCUGUCGGUGAGCGGCGGCGGCAAGGUCUCGGCGGCGCGCGCGGCCCCCGCGGCGGCCCCCUACCUGGUGUCCAGAGACGCGCUGCGCAGGGCGCCCGACGAUGGCUCAGGCAGCCUUGGUCACCUGCUCCACAAGGUGUCCCACCUGAAACUCUCCAGCUCGGGCCUCCGCGGCCUGUCGGCGGCCAGGGAGCGGUCGGGCGCGCGGCUCUCGGGCAGCUGCAGCGCGCCCAGCCUGGCCGCCCCGGACGGCAGCGCGGCCCCCGGUCCCCGAGUCCCGGCCAUGCGCGCCGCCAGGAAGGGCCGGCCCGGUGACGAGCCGCCACCCCGCGCGCCCCCCGCCAGCGACCAGGUGCUGGGGGCCGGAGUCACCUACGUAGUCAAGUACUUGGGGUGCAUUGAAGUUCUUCGCUCAAUGAGGUCUCUUGACUUCAGUACAAGAACCCAAAUUACCAGGGAAGCCAUCAGCCGUGUUUGUGAAGCCGUCCCUGGCACCAAGGGAGCCUUCAGGAAGAGAAAGCCUCCAAGCAAAAUGCUGUCCAGCAUCUUGGGCAAGAGUAACCUCCAGUUUGCGGGCAUGAACAUCUCCCUGACCAUAUCCACUGCUAGCCUGAACCUUCGGACGCCGGACUCAAAACAGAUCAUAGCGAACCACCACAUGCAGUCCAUCUCCUUCGCCUCCGGGGGGGACCCGGACACGACAGACUAUGUCGCUUAUGUAGCGAAGGACCCUGUUAAUCGCAGAGCUUGUCACAUUCUGGAAUGCUGUGACGGGCUGGCCCAGGACGUCAUCGGCUCCAUCGGACAAGCCUUCGAGCUCCGGUUUAAGCAGUAUUUGCAGUGUCCUUCCAAGAUCCCUGCUUUUCAUGACCGAAUGCAGAGUCUGGAUGAGCCGUGGACCGAGGAGGAGGGGGAAGGCUCAGACCGUCCGUACUACAAUAGCAUUCCAGACAAGACGCCGCCCCCAGGGGGGUUUGCUGAUGCGCGACUGAAAGCCAGACCCCAUGCCCCUGGCACUGAGCAGUUUUCAGGGAAAGAGCAAACGUAUUACCAGGGAAGACACCUAGGAGACCCAUUCGGCGAAGACUGGCAGCAAACCCCGGUCGGGCAAGGCUCCGUGGAAACCUACAGCACGCCCGAAGGGAAAGCACACGUGGGCCCUGCGGGAGAAGCCCCCACCUACGUGAACACCCAGCACUUCCCGCCGCAGGCCGGGCUGGCUGCGGGGAGCAGCGCGGAGAGCAGCCCCAGGAAGGACCUCUUUGACAUGAAACCUUUCGAAGACGCUCUCAAGAACCAGUCCGUGGGGCCCGUGCUGAGCAAGGCGGCCUCCGUGGAGUGCAUCAGCUCCGUCUCCCCCAGGGCCCCGGACGCCAAGAUGCUGGAAGAGCUGCAAGCCGAGCCUUGGUAUCAAGGCGAGAUGAGCAGGAAGGAGGCAGAGGGGCUGCUGAAGCGAGACGGAGACUUCCUGGUGAGGAAGAGCACCACCAACCCGGGCCCCUUCGUCCUCACCGGCAUGCACGACGGCCAGGCCAAGCACCUGCUGCUCGUCGACCCGGAAGGCACGGUCCGGACGCGGGACAGGAUCUUUGACAGCAUCAGCCACCUCAUCAACCACCACCUGGAGAACAAGUUGCCCAUUGUCUCCGCCGGCAGCGAGCUGUGCCUCCAGCAGCCGGUGGAGAGGAACCCGUGA